AUUUAAUGCAGAAGAGAUAGGGGGAAGAGAGAGGGAGAGAGAGAUGUCGCUGGUGGAUUACGAUGCCUCAUCGGAUGAAGAAGAAGCACAACAACCUGGUCGUAACAACACCAACAGGGGCGAUGUUGUAAUUUCACACAAAAAUGAUCUAAGUUCUAAUCUUCCUCAUCCCACCACCCAUAGGAAGUCAACAAGUUUCCAAGUCCAACAGUCGGACAGCACUGUAAAGAGCUCAAAGCCUUCUACUCUUAAAUUACCUGAUGCAUCAUUCCUCUUGGGAUCACCUUCUUUGCCAUCCGAUGCGAGUGGAAGCUAUGACCACACUUCUCGUGUUGCAGCUGCCAUGGCUCAGAAUGCAUCACGCAAAAGAGAUCCCAAAGAACUGGUACCUUCUCAUCCUCGUGGAAAAACUGCAAGAGGGAAUUUUCCACGGUCGAAAACUGGUCCCGAGACAACAACUGGUCUUCUUUUUCCACCUCAGCUUAGUGGCAGGAGCAAUGUGGUUACAGAAGAUAUUAACAAGUUAUUUGCUAAAAGAAAUGGCUCUUAACCAACUUCUAGCACACCUGCAAGUGAAUCUUAGCUCCCUCUGCGUGGCUUAUUUUUCCCUAAGUUGUAUGUUGCAAUUUGUUGUGGUUAGUUAGUGGUUGUCAAGAAUAGCAUGGAUGUUCUGAUUAACAUAGUAGAGAUAGACAUGAAUUCUGUUGAUCUUUUGUUUUAUAUAUAGAAAGAUAGAAUGAAUCUCUUUGAACCUGUUAUCGUACAUAUUACUCUAUCUUAUAGAAAGCUGGAACAUGCGACUUUGGCGUUAAUCAA